AAUUCAAACGGAUGCCUCUAAGGACACUUGGGCAGGGUGUAUGUUAGCAUUACAAAAUGGCAAGGAAUUAUUACAAAUGGACAAUUUUGGUAAUGUCAAAAUAGACAAUAAUGAGGCUACUGUCUCUGGCCAAAAGCCUAAAGAUUAUCAGUCUUCGGACAAUAUUAUUGAACUUUCAAGUUCUCAAUCAUCAGUUCCUUUCAACAGUGAUAAAUAUUCUAAGAAAUUAUGUAAAUAUAUUUCUGGAACAUUUACCACCACUGAACAGAACUAUCCGAUCCACGAAUUAGAGACAUUAGCCUGUCUCAGAACAUUGGAAAAAUGGAAGCUUGAAUUAUUAUCUACAAGGUUUGAACUUCAAACCCACUCUAAAUAUGUAACAGGUUUUUGGAGGUACAAGCUUCAGGCAGAUUUCAACAAAGGAAGAUUAAUCAGGUGGCAGCAACAACUCCAUUACUACAAUCCUUAUCUGAAGUAUAUCAAGUCCAGCAACAAUCCAUUCACAGACACACUGACUCGAGAAUGGAAGGAUUCAUAAAAACCCUCAUCAAUCAACUAAAGCAGAAGCAGGAAAAGAGUGCAGCACUGGAACAACAACUUCUCCUUUGCAGGGGGGAGGAAGAAGCAAUAAUUCAAUCAAUCGACGUCAUUCAGCAACAGUUAAAAAUCAACUACAUCAACGUCAGUACAUUAACAACUAGCUCCAUUAGUGAAAAGCCAUCAACACUUACCACAGAACCUGCUGAAAAAGAAAAGUCGACAGCAACAUCCACCACUACCAGCAAUAAUAUACAAAAGACGACACGAUGGGCAGACAUCGUUGAACAAGAAGAAAAAGAAACAAAAGAUUCCCACUAUGAAGAAGACGACAGAAAAGGCAGCAAAUGGUAUGUCAUAUUUAACGGACCAUACCGAGGAGUAUAUCAUAACUGGGCCAUCGCUAGCCAGCACAUCAACGGCAAACCAGUCCAACAUCAAUCAUUUAAAACAAAAGAAACAGCCGACGAAGCAUAUAGACAAUCAUACAAGGUGAUGGCAAUGAAGGAACCAGUCAAGAAUCAAGAGCAACAAUCGCAGAAACUCGUCAUGAAGAUACCCAGUAUCAAGAACAUCCUAACCACCAAGGAAAAAGAAGAGCAAUUAAAACCAAUCUUUCAGAAGUUCAUAUCCAACUGGGAUAUGAUUAUCAACUAUGAAGAAAAACACACGACCAUGGGUUUCUACCCCGUCAGUCGAGGAGGACCCAAAGCAGUAAUCACAGAAGAAGCAUCACCAGAACUCUCUUUUGAGUUCCAUCAAUAUGGAUUAAUCGACACUAUCUACACUACAACCAUGAAGGUAUUUGAAUACUUCCCACAAAGAAUGAGGAACGUAAUCAGAAGAUAUCUCGAGCUAUUCGCCAAGGAAAGAGAAAUAUUUCUCAAGUAUACAAGCAGCUACCCCGUAUUCGAUCAAGGCAAACUAUUGAUCGGAUCAAAGGCAGUUAUCCUCAUGGGAGUAUCAAAUCAUGAUUACCCUAUCAGAGAUGACCUACGAGACUAUGAGAAGAAACCAGACUACCAAGUAAAGGGUCUUCUUGCAGUAUGCAGAGCAUUAACUAAAAUUGAACCGGAAAGUCAGAUUAAAGUCAAUUACAGCAGCCCCGAUGCCAUCAUCACCAGCAAAACAAGAGGAAACAUGACCAAAGAAGAAUGGGUAAUCAUAACAGAUAAAAUUAAGGAAUUCACGGAAAUUAAUGGGAAUCUAUCAGCUCUUCCCAUUCAAAUCAAGAAACAGUUAUGCAAUGAGCUUACUAUCUAUGAAGACCAUCUCUGUGAGUGGUGUGCAUCAACUGACGAAGACAUCAGUGGACCAGCAGACCAAGACUGACAGAAGCAUGUGAAGAAAAAAGAAUCAAACAAAAAUGGAAUAAAACGACAAGAAAAGGUUGGCCGACUCCUUUAAAAAAGUCGUGCAUUAUUGUAUUUCAUCAGCUUUCUUAUCGCCUCAUGCAUUUUCUUUUGACGUGUUAGCUUUACGUCCCUGUUGUACAAACGUAAGCAAUGACGAUCUUGUAUCUCCUCUUAGCUCUAUAUAAGAGCAAGAGUUUUCAAUGAAAUAAGGCAGAACGA